GUGAGCCAAAAAGUCUAGUACAACCACUUUUUAAAAAAAGUUAUUUUCUUGACUCUUGAGCAAAGUUAAACUUUUGGUUGGCGUUUUGGUGGGUUCCGCGUGUGUUCUACGAAAAUUGGAUGAGAGUAAAGAAUUGGAGAACCGAGAGAGAUGGAAUUUAUGAAACCAAAAGCUGCUCGUGUUAUGCCGCCGAUGAUGUCUGAGUAUCGUCACAGCGUCAACAUCAUCUGCGAGGAAUCCGUACAGUACCAUAUUGUCAGCCACCUCUGCGCGGCUUUAAGACGGGAAGGCAUCUCUGUGUUCGUGGACUCAUGCGGCUCUCAGGAAACCAAACCCUUCUCUGUUGAACAGAAUCAAGCGGUGACAGAUGGGGCUAGGGUUUCUGUGGUAGUUAUUUCCAACAAGGCGGAGUCAUACGGUCCUUGGGUUGUUAAGUUCUUGAAGGCUAUCAAGCGGCGGAGGAACAGUGACCAUGCUGUGGUUCCAGUCUUCUAUGGGGUCGAUCCAUUGACCCAAGUUUACGGGUGGUCCCAUGGACGGCUGGAGGCCGAGAAACUAACAAGCCACCAAUCAAGGAUCUCAAGCAAUAGGAUACUCACCGACUCCGAACUAGUGGAAGAGGUCGUGAGAGAUGUUUAUGAGAAGCUGAAUAUUGCAGAACGAGUUGGAAUUUACUCGAGGCUACUAGAGAUCGAGAACAUGCUUUACGAGCAACCGAUGGGAAUUCAAAGCAUAGGAAUUUGGGGUAUGCCUGGCAUAGGCAAGACGACCCUUGCAAAAGCAGUCUUUGACCACAUGUCCACUGAUUAUGAUGCUUGUUGCUUCAUCGAACAUUUUGAUGAGGCGUUUCAUAAGGAAGGCCUUCACCGUUUGUUCCAAGAAAGAAUUGGUGUACUUCUAAAGAAAGAGCUUGGCAUAAAGAACUCAUAUAUUAUGACACCAAGCCUCUAUAGGGAUAAACUAUGCCAUAAAAGGAUUCUCAUUGUUCUAGACGAUGUGCACGAUUCUCUGGCUGCAGAGUCUUUGCUUAGAAAGUUUGAUUGGUUUGGUCCCGGAAGCUUGAUAAUCAUAACCUCCACAGAUAAACAAGUGUUUUCCUUUUGCCAGAUCAAUCAAAUAUACAAGGUUCAAGGUUUAAACUGGCACGAGGCUCUGCAGCUAUUCUCCCAAAACGCAUUUGGGAAAAAUGUGCCAGAGCAGAACGACAGGGAACUGUCAGUGAAAGUGAUUGACUACGUUAAUGGAAACCCGUUAGCUCUCAGUAUAUAUGGCCAAGAGCUAAAGGGAAAGAAGUCAGGAAUGGAGGCUGCUUUCUUGGAGCUCAAGAAAUGUCCUCCCCAACUGAUUCAAGAUGCUCUAAAAAACGCCUACAUUGCACUUGACGACAACGAGAAAAACAUUUUUUUGGACAUUGCCUGUUUUUUCAGGGGAGAAAAUGUCAACUAUGUUGUCCAGAUGCUUGAGGGAUGUCGUUACUUUCCACGUGUUGGAAUAGAUGUUCUUGUGGAUAAGUGUUUGGUAACUAUUUCAGAAAACACUGUGCAAACGAAUGAUCUGAUCCGAGACAUCUGCCAAGAAAUCUUCAUUGGAGAAAUUGAGAGCUGCACCAGAAUGUGGGAAUUUAACAACAUCAGAUGUCUACUAGAAGAUGAUGAACUUGAAGCAAGUGGAGGAUCCAGAGAAACGCCCAACUGUGAUUUGGUGGCUGAAGAUAUCGAAAGCAUACUUAUGGACACAUCGAACAUGAAAUUUGAUGUCAAACACGAUGCCUUCAAGAACAUGCUUAGUCUUAGAUUUUUGAAGAUAUACAACAGUUCCGGCUCUAAAGAUGUUCUUGGACUCAAAACUCCCAAGGGCCUCGAUUCUCUACCUUGUGAGCUAAGGCUCCUCCACUGGGAGAACUAUCCACUGCAAACCUUGCCUCAACGUUUUGACUUUGAGCACCUUAUUGACCUCCGUAUGCCUUACAGUCACCUUCAGAGAUUCGGGGCAAGAGCAAAGAAUGUCAAGAUGUUGAAAAGGAUCAUGCUUUGUCAUUCUAAAGAGCUAGUUGAAUGUGACAUAUUACGAUAUGCUCAAAAUAUCGAGCUAGUUGAUCUUCAGGGUUGUACAAGAUUGCAGACUUUUCCAGACACGAGUGAGCUACAACAUCUACGAGUUGUAAAUCUCUCAGGUUGCACAGAGAUCAAAAGUAUCCGAGGAUCUCCACCAAAUAUUGAGGAACUGCAUCUCCAAGGGACUCGUAUAAGAGAAUUACCAAUAUCCAAUGUGGUUCAGUCUCCCAAAGCUAAGCUGGACCGGAAAAAGCUUUUAAAUCUUUUAGAAAACUUCCAGGAUGUUGAUCAUAUUGAUCUGGAGAUUGUAACAAAUCUUGCUAAAGUUGCUUCAGAUAAUCAAGAUUUUAGCAAGCUUGUCCUCUUGAAUAUGAAAGAUUGUUCCCAACUGCGAAGUCUUCCUGACAUGGUACAUUUAGAAUCUCUGCAAGUUCUUCUUCUGUCUGGGUGCUCAGACCUUGAGGAAAUCAAUGGUUUUCCAAGGAACCUUAGAAAGCUAUACCUUGGUGGCAUCGCUAUACGAGAAGUGCCACAGCUUCCCCAAAGUCUAGAAUUCUUGAAUGCUCAUUAUUGUAAGCAUCUCAAGUUAAUUCGUUUGGAUUUUGAGCGGCUUCCUAAGCACUACACUCUUAGUAAUUGUUUUAAUCUAUCUUCAGAAGUGAUCUCUGGAUUUUUAGAGAAAGGUUUGUCUAAAUUAGCUAUGUUAGCUAGCGAAAAACAACAGGAACCCCUCAAAACAUCCGCAGUCAACAUAUGUAUUCCUGCAGACGCACGUCAGAAAUCCUCGUUUCUUUUAAGUUUAGGUCCAAAUGUAAAGAUAGAGCUAGCUCCUCGGACCCGAGAAGCUCUUUCAGGCUUUGCUAUGUCAGUUGUGGUAUCGUUUCGAGAUAACUACCACAAUGUCGUAGGUCUAGGGAUUAGGUGUACAUGCACAUGGACGACCAGGAACGGCCACCCUGAUCAGAUAGAGAGAGUAUAUCAGUGUUGGGCUCCAACAGAAGCUCCAGAGGUUGGAUGGGAUCACAUAUUUGUCCUUUGUGAUACCGAAAUGCAUCUACGUGAUGGUGAAGAACUCGUUUCUAAUAUCUGUGAUGAUGAAAUCAAAUUUGAAUUUCAGACAGUGAGUGGGGAAAACAAGCUUUUAGGUGAUAGUUGCAUGGUGACGGAAUGUAAUGUCCAGGCAAUUACUGCUCGAACAGGUGACACAACCGUUAGUGAAAUUAUUGAAGAAAGUGAAGUUGUAAGUAUUAAUGAAGAGGAUACUCCUCCUUUGCCGAAAGAGCCAGAGGCAACGACUUAUUCUCUUUCAUACAGCAAACCACAGAAGUCCCCUAGUUACCUAACGACUGAGGGAUUUGGAAUGUGGGAAAACUUUCUCCACAUACUCACGGCUAUGCCGCCUAAAUACUUAGCAACCGGACAAGCAGCAAGGCAAAUCUGGCAUGAAGAAUACGGUACAUACGAACGGGAAAAUAACGAAGGUGGCGUAGGUUAUUUUUCCCUGGUGAAGUCCAUCCCGCCCAAAUACUUACCAAAGGAAGAAGCCGUUAGUAAAAGCACCUUAAAGGAGUGGUUCAAAAAAUAUGCACUAGGUUGUGGAGUAGGUUGUUUUCCCCUGGUAAUGUCUAAGCCGCCCAAAAACUCGUCAACCGGGCAAGCUGUGGACAAAUCACAUCAGAGGAGUGCUAGCGAGAAUAGUGAUAAGAAAUCUCGACGCUCGCGUCCACGUGACUCGUCCCGCAAGGGUCCACGAUUCAGUUUGGACGUCGCUGGACGGCCCAUCGCGGGCCACCGUAUAAAACGUGUUAACCUAUCCGGCCCCGUGUGGGAGUGGGACCCUCAAGUUGGUUUAGCCCAAUCGAGAAGACGCCUUACAAAAAAUGUCCUUGACCCAUCGAGAAAAAUACCCAUCAACUUACGAGCUCAAUUCCAAAUGGUCCGACAACGCGCUAUGUGACAAUACGUGGGAGUAAUACGGGCUGCUAGUCCGUUUAGGUCCCGCCCGUUGAAGUUUUGUAACUUCGGACCCGUUUAUAUAUAAUACUAGUGGUUUAUCUGCGUUUCGCGCAUCAAGUUGUUUAAUUGUUAGUUUGCAAUGGAUUUGGAAAUUGUGUUACUUAAGUAAG